UAAGGCCGCCAAACAACCCACCAGUAAGGCCGCCAAACAAUCCAUCAAUAAGGCCGUCAAACAAUCCACCAGUAAGGCCAUCAAUCAACCCACCAAAAAAGCCGUCAAACAACCCACCAAAAAG